UGUUGUCCUCCCGAAAGUAAAAUCCGCUAUUUUCGAUUCGCCAAUAUUUCUGCUGUUAUUAGUAGUACGUACAAUCCGUUCAUCAUGGCCUGCGCUACGGUUGUGAAGUAUCGAGAGGUGCCGCUGCUGCAACACCAAAUCGUCAAAAACUCGCCGAAAAGCAUUAAAGUUUCGGGUGGUGGCUACCAUACGAUGCUCGUGGAUUCGAAGACAUCGGAAAUAUCUGGAGGGUUUAGUUUCGCAGCGCUUUCCAAAGGACGCCAUAAGCAAACUCCCUUCAUCUACUGGCGAACAUUGCGGGAAACCAUUUAUCUUACCGAAACAUGCCUGCACAGGAACGAUGUAUGUCACGAGGUGAAAAUAACGUUCGAAGCAAGUCCCAUAAUAGCGGUGGCAAUUCAUGCACACUCGACCACGAAAGCAUUUCUGCUGAUCACCACCACAACCAGUUUUCAUCGCAUUCCGAUCGAUCGACCGAUGCAUGGCGAUCAUCAGAUGCAUAUCGAACAGGACUCAAUUCUACUCAAGCUGAACGAAACGGUUAUCAGCGAUCCACUGAAUUGCUACACAUUCAUUAAUGAUGUUGGUCAAUCGCUGCCGGUUACAGCAUCGGCGAUACAUUGCCCUGAAUUCAAUCAUACCAAGUUCGCUAUUGCCACCGUAUCUUCGCUGCAUCUGUUCACCAUGGAACUGGGCGUCGAGAAAACGGUGGUUAAGUUUGUGGAACUGGAACACAAGCCUCUGUCAAUCUCCAAGUUCAUUAAUACAAUCGCCGACUCAUGGCGCGGCAAAUCGCACACUAGCCAAGUGGUAACGAUGUGCUUCGGCACGGCUGGUGUUGCUAAUGGCCAUCCGCUGCUCUACACGCUACACCGUGACGGUGCAUUGCGCGUUUGGCUGCAUUGUGGUCGCUUUAUGGCGGCGGAAUAUCUUUCUAAAUACACCCAAGGCAGUGAGACGGAGUUUCACAGUUGCGUGUUGCGCGGCUCGACCUCUCUCGUGGCGCUGUACUUUUCUUUUCAAACAUUUUCCGAAUUCAUCAUUCUUCGACCGGAGGCGACGAAAGACUCACUCGUACUGCAAAACGCUGGCACGAUUAUGGCUCCGAACUUUGAUUUGAUCGAUUUCAAGUUGACUGACCAUUGGCUGUGGGCAUUGUGGUGCAACGCCGAAGGAGAAAUGCAAACCCUGGCCUAUGCGUUGACGGCGGACGAACGGCUUUCGGAGAAAGAUGCAAAUGUUUGGUUACCGGUCGUUCUGGAAAAUGCUACCGAAGGUGAACUUCCCGUCGUUGAUGCUGGCACGGAUAUGAGAGACUUGUACUGUAACCGCAUUUUCCAUUCGGGGCUCUUUCCGGACAAAGUGAUUCGUAAAACGCUAACGAUGUUCAAUCGCAACCUCGCGGGUGUUGUAACGGGUGGCGCAACCGGUAGCACUAUGGUCCGCCUGAAGCGAUACGUACUGGCCUGCAUCGAAAGUCAACUGCAACAGGAACGAUCCAACAUCCGCCAGAAUGCGCCACUGGACGAUGAGCAGCUGCUCGAGCUGUCGAACGGUUUGUGGGAAAAGUUUUACCUAUACUGCACGCAGUAUAGCUACGAGUCUUCCCGACCCGUUGGACUGUUUUUGUUGGAGGAAACUCCAGCCGGCAUCGAGGAGCUACCAACGGCGAUAACGGUCGGCAUAGUGCGUAAAAAGUACAUCAGUUUCUUCCGUCCAUGCGAUCCUUUGGAGAUGGCCUACUAUACGCUACCAUUGGCCGAAGUGGACAAUAAUGAUGCCGGAAUGGUGGGAAGCAGCGGCAAUGAGCUUCUAUCCGGUGAAGUAGUUCUACUGGUUAACUUUCUGCGCGAAAUGGAUCAAAUAUUUUUGCCCGAACAAAAGCAUGAGCUAGACAGCUACAUACAUCAGCGUCGAGGAAAUAAGGCCGGCGGAGACGAUCUCUCAGCCAUCGGAGCAGCUCAAAAUCAGGAGCUCAUCCACAAAAUGAUGCCGGCUUUUCUGCAAAGGAUGGAGGAUUUGCCGGGUUCGAUUGGUCUGUUAUUGCGCUACCUUAAGCCCGCCGAUCAGCGUGAUGAUGCGUUAGGCGGAUGCGUUGCACGGGAAUCGGAAAGCUAUGUGCACAUCUCGACCGGCGAGGGACUAGCCAGUGAGCUGGUACUUGUUACCGCUAAGCAGAUGAUUCAGUUGCGUUACCUUUUACUACGCAACCUGUUGCUACUGCAGCACAUUGUACAGCAUCAUGCCAACCUGUCGUAUGAUUUGCUCGAUCCGAUACAAUCCACCUACAGACCGGAUACGGAAACCAUGCUUCGCUGCUAUCAUGUGAUGAAUUGGAUCGCACAAACCCGCAUCGACCUCGAUUGGACGAAGACCACUAAGAUUGCUGCUUCAUUUCCUCUAAACCUUCGCACAUCCAUGUCGCUGCUUCAAGCGUAUGCGAUUUCUCGGCUUAAUGACGAGGCGCUCUCCGGUGUAAGGGAACUCUCUGUGGCAUCGUGCGAAAGCAGCAUUGGUGAUGCACUCCCGUUUUUACAAAAAUCCAACCUCAUAAUUAGUAAGAUAUGUCCUUCGAGUGAUGAUUUUCUUUUCGGCGAAUGGCUAUCGGAUAAUGAUCUGCAUGUUCUGAUCGACGAGUACGUGCGACUGCUUAGCCAUUGGUGUGAAUGGAAUUGUUGCUCAAGAAAUUUCAUCCAAGCGAAAUCGUACCUCAUGCUUGGUGAAACUGCCAAGGCACUCGAUUUGUUCCCGCUCUCGUUGAAGGGCAUUCAAAACGAACGCUUUUUGCAAAAGUUUCUACGGCAAGGCGACAAAAACCGCAACGUUUCGCCGUACGAGAUGCUAGGUGCCUUUUACUUGCGCCUGAUUCGGCUUUUUGAGUAUUACGGUGCCUACGAUGGGGUGAUGACGCUGGUUCAUUCAGCAAUCGACAGUACAAUUCAGCAAAAGCAGCAGGCCAUGUUCCAGAGCAUUGAGUUCAGCAGCCAUAUCGAACUGGGCCACUACGAAGAGGCAUACAACGCGCUGACCAAAAAUUGUGAACCAGCCCGUAAGAAGGACUGUUUGCGUCAGCUCAUUUGUUUGCUGUUCUCGGUGCGCCGCUUAGACAUACUGAUGGAGUUACCGUACUAUGGUUUGGAGGAGGAGUUUACCAACAUCGUUGCAAUGAAUGCCAGAUCGGCCGACAUUGCCGACGGAGUGCAGUACGAUUUUCUGUACUCUUUUUUCACCAACAAACAAAAUCUACGGAAAGCCGCCAUUACUGCGUACGAGGAAGCAAUGCGUAACUACGCGGAGUGUAAUAGCUACGAUCAUUUGAAUCGUUACUAUGGUUCCUUGUUGAAAUGUCUCAAUUCGCUGGCCAUCAUAAACCCACGCUACGCAUGGAUACUGCGACCGCUACAGGAAAACCCUCGUCCACAGCAGCUGACAUCGAACAGCGGUGAAGAUAGAAUUCAAAUCGUUGAAAUGAAAGAUCUUGAAGAGCAACUAAUGAGCACCCACUGCGCGCUACAGCUAUCCCAGAGUAGUGAUGGAUUCAAGGUUGUGACUUCCCUUGAACCGAUCGGACUGAUCGCACUUUUGCUGAGCCGCAAAAUGUACCAUUUAGCCUCCAAACUGGCUCACUGCCGGGCACCGACCAUGGUUCCAACGGUGUACGAGCACCUGUGUAGCUCGUGCCUCGCCAUCACCGGGUCCGAUCCAGCAAUAGCAAACAACACCGUUAGCUGGCUGAACGAAAACUGCAUCUCGGACGUGACGGUUGGCUCGGAUGCUGCUAGUACGGCGUGGAACUAUUUGCGUCACCUGUUGGCUCAAGAGGGCCCUGAGCUUGCGGCCGAAUCCUAUUUGGCCGUACUGAAUCGUGUGCUGUCGCGAGGAGCCUACGCACCCACGUGGCUAAAGGAUUGGUGCUUCGAACACGUCCCUUCGAAGCUAAUUCGCGCCUUUCUAUCCCAUGGACGGCUGGAAGAAGCCUACGAGCAGACGGUGGAACUGUUUCAGGCACGGUUUUUCAGCACCGGCCGAUUCAGCCAUCAAACCCUGUUUCCGUUGACUGUCUGCGAGCAUCUGGUGUACGAGCUGGAACAGGCUGCCAAUUAUCCAAAAGAAAAGGAUCAUAUUGAGCGCUAUUUGCGAAUGAUUGAAGUGACAUUUUGAGGUUGCAACGUCCAAUUGUGCUUAUUAUUCAAUGGCAUUUACCAUAUAAAUAAACUCUUUUUUCUCGAUCAAUAAU